AAUAAUAUUUCUGAAUAUUAAGCCAUCAGGCACACACAAUAAAGAUAAAAAAGAUAGAUGUUUCUGUCGUUGAUAUUUGCACAACAGUUUCGUUCACUACAUGAUUAUAUUUUAUUCGUUGCGAUAUUUUCAUGAAACAGGAACGUAACAUUGCUUUAGGAAAGAGCGGCAAAAUAAUAUUCAUUUCGUAAAUUCAAUCGAUUUUGCAGAGAAACUCUGUAACAUCGAAUUUCAUUCUUUGACAUUACGUUUCAGCAGGAUGAUGUUUCAGAUAUUUUUUCCAAGUUCCAAUUUUUUACUGUGAAAAUGAACUUGAGUAGAUGUUUAAUUACGCAGUUAUACAAAUGAAAUAUUCAGAAUCGCAAAAAAGAGGGAGUAAAAAAGUACAAAGUGCUAAUAUUGUUCUGGAAAAAGAUUUCAGAUCAGACGAUACAAGUGUGCGACCGUAUAGUCAGCAAUCUCUUUCGCAGAAUAGAAGCAUUGUAAACACUAUUUAUUUUAGCAAUUGGAUAUUGGUCACGUUCUGAGAGCUCGAAUAUCUCAUACUUAUUAUCACAGUCGAAGAUGAAUGAUGUUUUCCACUUUUACUCGCUUGACGCAACUCGUUAUUCACGCACAAGACUUUAUACAUGACUUUAUACACGGUUUUAUGAUCUGCUUCUUCACGAAUUGUUUUAGACAAUAAAUUCUUUCCGCGCGACACGCGACAAUCGUCUUAUGUCAGAAACACGUUAUAUGGAAGUGAAUUUCUGUGUUCGAAAGGGUGAAACAUAUGUGACGUUGGAAAAGGGUUGUUCGAUGCAGCUGAAUCGACCUUAUUAAAUUUUAACGUGUUUCCGACAAUAUUAUACAUACACGACAUUAUUAAUGCAUCUCGUAAUGUCGAUGGAAAUUUUUCGUUAUUACCGCAGGAGGAACUUGUGCAUUAUUAAGAGACGGAGAAGAUUUCGCGACGAUUGAAACGAGGCGAAGGUAAAGCCGACAAUUACGUAGGGAUGAAAACAUGGACAUUCUACCGACGAAUUUCAAAGCUCUGCAGUUUUGCGGCGCGUGGCAAGAGCGGAAGGGCGAUAACGUGUGUGUAGAAUUUUUGCAUUUUUGUUACAGGUACGCAGUUUUCCUUCUGAUAUACGAAUGCACGACAGUCAAUCUGAUAGAAGUGAUUCGCAAACGCGAUCAUAUUGACGAAUUGACGGAAGGGCUCUUUUUGGGAUUGACUCUCUUCACAUUGUGUAUAAAAUAUGCGAAUUUUUUGCUGCGGAAAAACGAAAUAUCAGCGUUAUUGGACUGUUUGCGUGUAAAGAUGUGUCAACCAAAAAACUCUGUAGAAAAAUUAAUAAUAGAGGAACAUAAUCGUAGAGCUAAAUGGAGCACUAUCUCGUUCAUGGCGCUAUCGUAUGUGUCUGCGGUGGGCAUGACAAUAACGGCAAUUGUAGAACUACUUAAAAAAAACGAGCAUACAUUACCGUUGAAGGUAUACGUUCCAUACUCCGUAUCGGAUCUGCUUCCAUAUCUAGCAACGUUUUUACAGCAAAUUCUAGCAAUGUUUUACGCAGUAAUGCUCAACAUUUCCUUCGACUGUCUAGUUUACGGCUUUACGAUUCAUGCUUGCGCGCAGAUCGAUUUGAUGUGUUAUCGAUUGACAGACAGUUUGAGAAAUAUCUCUUCCGGAAGAAAGUCGGAGCAUGAUCAUCGUCUGCACCAGUAUCUUUCUGAUAUCAAAGGUAUCGCAAAGACAAAACGUUUUAUUUAG